AUGGAUUCGACGCCGUCGACCAGGAGCAGGAACCGGAGCCCCCGUGCAUCGACCGCAGCGUCAGGCCAAAACCGCAGUGUCGCCCAGCCUCCUGCUCCGAAUGUCUCUACCCAGGACUGGAUAGAACCGCCACUCGCAUCGCCCAUCCCGAGUUUUGAGGACCAUGGUGGAGGCCCCUACGGAGUGCUCGAAGACAUGCAGGCUCUGGGUAGCCGGCCGACAGCAAAGGUCAGAGGCAGGGUGAAGCCAGACGGUCCCAGAAAGAACGCUCUGAACAAGUCCCUAGCCAAUCCCAUGGCCACUGCUUCCAAUCAGGCUACUCCAGAAACAACUCCUGCCCCCAUGGAAGUCCUGCCCGAGCAACCUCUGGUCAUUGUUGAUGAUGAGCGUGACGAUGACUACACGCCACGCCCCUCCAAGAAGCCUGCAAAGGCCCGUCUCUCUCGCUCAGCUGCUAUCAACGCCAAGUCAACUGCUUCGCCAAAACCCACUACGCCUUCGGUCACGGCCUCUGAGACCCCUGUGCCCUCAUCUGUUGCUACCCCUGUCGCUUCAGCCACACCAGUUGCCCCUCCUGUUGCUCCUCCUGCUUCUAGUGCUCCCACCGCUUCUGCCAGGCAUCCACCAAACCCCUUGCCAAAGGAGGAAGUCAUUCGUCACUUGAAAGCAUUCGAUCGGGUGGUUCCGAUACCGUCUGACCCAGACCAGCGCAAUCUCCACAAUGUUGUGAAAGCUGCAGUGAGAAAAUCCAUGGAGGUUGGGAACAAAAUUCUUGGUCUCGCCAUUCAAGACGUUUAUCUGGAAAGUUUCUCAGACCCGCGUCUGGUACAUUUAUUGAAGGGUAUUCUCGAUCAGACCUCUACGCCAGGUGAGAUUGCCGUUUUUAGAGAGCACAUCAAUCAGGCCAAAAAGAAGAUCAAGGCCAAAGAAACUGCUAUGAAAAAGAAGUUGCCGAGUGAGAUCAAACGAACCUCUUCACCAGCUCCCGAAAUGGUUCCGCGCCCUUCUAUCGAAAAUCAGGCUGUUCCACGUAAACCGAAGAUUUCACUUAAAAUGACGAAAAACACGAAAGCCGUCAGCAAGCCGGUUGACUCACCAGCACCUCUUCCAGCCAAAACCAAGCCGCGCGCAUCUAGCGUCUCGAGCUCUUCGUCUCUUUCAUCACUCACCUCAAUCGAAGAAACCCCUGAACCUCAAGCACUAAUGGCACCACAUUAUUCUCCACCUCCCUAUCCGCCCCGUUCGACUGUGGCCCCAACAACGCUUGCGGCUCCCGUAGACACAAACGGCUCUGGUAAGCGCUCGUCCAUGGAAGCCGGAAACGACGAGGAUGACCGGCAGUUCCAAGCAAAGAAGCAGAAACUCGACGAGACUGUCAACCGAGACGCUCCCACUGAAGAAAGCCACGUACGACCAGAUUUAUCCGCCAUCCCCAAGGUGCACAAAAACUUGAUGGUGCCACCCGUGCAACUCACUGCAAGUGAUGCGCGCAGCAGAGACAUUUCUGCAGAUGCUGCAUCGUCUUUGACCGAAGUCUCGUCACCGCUCUCGUCUACAUCUCGUAGAAAUACGCCAAAGAGAACCAGCAUGCCUGCCAAGCUCUUCAAGAAGAAGGCCAAAACCAAAAACUCGCCAGUCAAAAAGCAAGCACCGGGGCAGAGUGCUGACGAGGACGGAACUAGCCGGAGAGCCAGCCCCGGCGGGCCUGAUGUGAACGAAGAGUCCGACAACAACGACUAUUGCACAGCUUGCAAUACCAGCGGAUUCCUUCUUUGCUGCGAUGGUUGCGAUAGCUCGUUUCAUCUCCAUUGCCUUGAUCCUCCCUUGAGUCAAGAUGCGCCUGAGUUGAAUGAGGCAUGGUACUGUUUUGGCUGUACAGCGAAGCGCGCACAGCCCCAGAGACAUUCUCGUGGCCUCUUCGCUGCGUUGCUUCUCAACCUUGAUAAGCGUAACCCGUCAAACUUCGUACUCCCUCAGGACAUUCGCGAAUACUUUGAUGGUGUCGCUACCGCUAAGGACGGCAAGUUCGUAGAGCAGCUCGCUACAAAGACUCGAAGAGGUGCCGGAUAUGAUGAGCUGCCUGACCACUUCAAGACAAAGGAUGCUAAAGGUCAGGCUAUCUUGUGCUACAACUGCUCGCUGUCAUCUCUUGGUCGACGCGAGAUUAUCACUUGUGAUCAGUGUAGCGCUCACUGGCAUCUUGAUUGUCUCGACCCACCUCUUGCCAAUGCUCCUUAUCGCGAUCAUACUGGCAGAAAGAUCCGUGACUGGCUUUGCCCGUUGCAUGCCGAUCACGCGCUUCGCGCGAUGGAAGUGCCUCGUCUUGCUGACCGCCAGUUCCAGAGGGAACGAAGAAUACACAUGCGCAGACCUCGUGGUGCAAAGGUUGUUGACACUGCACUCAAUCGUGACUUCGUCAACGAUGGUGUGAUUGAGAUAGCCAAUGACUCGAGCGACGAUGAUUCCGAAUUUGAGGAAGUCGAUGUCUCUGGAGUUGUUUAUCGCCUACCUGAGAAGGGUAUCAAGCUCGACUUCAUUGACAGAGUCAGACGUGGCCGAGCAGCUGAACAGUACUACAGCAAUCCUCAGGCUUACUCUCGCCCCAACAAGAGAAGGGCGAUGGAACAAACCGAUUUCUUCCGUCGCUCUUUCGUGGAACAGCGUACUGCUCUCGAUCUUGUCGGUCUUGCCAAUCAGCAAGCCGACCUCGACUUCAACGGUGACCAAGUCAGUGGUCUGCUCACCACCCUCAUUGCUGAGGCGCCAGCUGAUGUAGUUGCGCAAAUGAUCGAAGCUGAGAAGGAGGCCAAGUCAUCGGACACGACAGGCCCACCCUCACCUCCCGCAUCGGAUCAACACACAGAGCAAAGCUUGGCGCAGCAGCGUAAGAGUUUGGAGCUGCUCCAGACACUGAUUGCCAGAAAGCUUGCCGCCAUG